GAGAUGCCGAUUCAUCUUUUUAUUGACCGGGCUGACUGUCGUGUAGUUGUGCAGACUAGUCGCAGUGUCGAUGCCUUCUAAUCCCUGUCCCCUCGGUGUGGUUUGUCUUUCUUCGUCUUCCCCAUUGUGUACGACGACUACUCACUUUUUGCACAGCAACUCUGUUCAACAGUUCUUCCUGUAUGAAUCCUCUCAACAGUGGAAUUUGUGACGGAGCUAAUCACUGAGGGACGCUUGAUACUUCGUCAGUGGUGCUGUGCCGGUAGCAUCGACGCUUACCAAGGACGAUUCAACGACGCUGCUCCAAAUACGACCGCAGGGAGCAGUUUGCCUCCCGAUCGUGAGCAUUUGCCGACAGGACUAGCCUGUAUUCUUUGCUCCGAUUCCUUUCUCCCAGUUUUUCAAAGGUGCGACUACGUUGUAUGAGAAGUCAACGCUGCCGUCUGGAACCUGUGGGGGGUUUUCACAGUCGGAAUUCCGUUGCCGGUGCUGACCUCGCUUUUUGUUGUGAUACCUUCGUGCAUCUCCUCAUUUGCGAUCGAACAACCUUGGAUUCAGUAACUCCAGCGAGCACGUCUGUUCUCAAAUUCUAAUGAGGAGAACCUGUUCGUUCUCAUGGAGCUGUUGAUCCAGCGAGCUCAGCCUUUGCUGACAUGUCGCUGCAGCAGAAUAGACCAGCUUCCUGUGCGAAUAAGCCAAAGCUUAUUCCACUGCAGCAUCACACAACGUGGAACAAGUAUUUCCAGAAUUGGAGCAACAUGUUCGCUGCCGUCUGACAGUAACCCGUCGCCGUCUUCGGCGACGAAUGUCCCGCUCUGCCACAUAUGUCGCAGAAACAUCGUCUUGAGCGUAACCUCUUGCCGCUCUCAAAAGUUCUUCUCCAAACGUAGUGGAACCCGUCCUCCUUGCUGUGAGGUCGCGGGCCAUGAUGUCUACGAAGGCAUUCGGCGGGUGGGGGGGCAACCAGCUAGCACUACUCCCAGUCUUGCGCGAAGAGCGGGUGAAUAUUCAAGAUUACCCCAGUCAUUGAUGACCAGGUUUGCGGUUCAGCCAGGGGGAAAUGCCGAAGAUAAGCGACAGCAUUCUGGCGAACUACAUCCUCGGUCGUUUUCCAUCAUGAGCAGAUAUAGAAAAAUCCGACCAGUUGGUGCCGAGAGUGUGGAUGUCGCUGCCGCGAGCGAUGACGUGGAGGCACCUAAUGCAGACGAUAGCUCAUUUGGAAAUGCAGAACAAAAACCUUUCCAGACCGCCUCUGGUCGCGACCGUCAUCGCCUCAAUCCCAUACACGGCCCCGGCAGUAUAACAAGAGGAGCAGUACCUCUCGAGGCACAGUUCAGUAGCUGGGAACCCCCUCCGCAGCCGGAAAGUGGAUGCGCCAAGUCACUUCGGAUAGCGCUCAUCGGUCCUCCUAACGCAGGGAAGAGCUCUUUACUCAAUGCGCUUCUCGGCCAGAAGCUCAGUGCGGUAUCACCGAAGGUGAACACAACGCGGAGCGAGAUUCGAGGUAUUAUAACGCAAGACGAUACCCAGCUGGUCUUUCUCGAUGUGCCAGGCAUCGUCGAAUCGCAUCGCAAUAAAAAGUUUUGUCGCGAGCUGGUCAGCACCGCGUGGAGAGGCUUUGAGGACGCAGAUGUUGCUUUGUUAGUCAUCGACGCGGUCAAACGGCCUACGCAGGAAGUGUUCAACAUCGUCACGACUAUUGCACCGAAGCCUUCACUUAUUCGUCGUGCAUUCGACUCGACGCUCGCCACGACUCCCUCACCGAUUACUCAAACAGAAGUGGGGGACGCAGUUGGUCUACCUGCCCACAGACAAGGAAAAGACUUGGACGAGGUCGACGACGGAAAGCAGAUCGACGUGAACGCGAGGGGCAUACCGGUAUUUCUGUGCAUAAACAAGGUCGAUUUGGCCUCGCACCCCAAAUGGGUGUAUGCACGGGCGAAAGAAUUCCAGGCCCAUGGACACUUCGAGAAAAUUUUCCACCUGUCGGCGAAAAACUCCCGCGGACUGCAGCCUCUGUUGGAUCAUCUUGUUUCACGGGCAAAGCGGAGCGUAUGGGCGUAUCCACCGGAAAUGAAAACAACUCUGCCGAAGGUGCAGCAGGUGGCGGAGCUUAUAAAGACGUAUCUCUUUUGCUGGUUCAAUAAAGAUGUUCCUUACCGAAUCGAGCAGCAGACUAUCGGAUGGACACCACGUUUCGAUGGGUCGCUUAUCAUCGAACAAGAACUUCUAGUGAAGGAUGAUAAAGUGGCGAAAAUGGUGUGUGGCGUUCGCAAUCGCUUGCUGUUCCAGCUGCGACGAAAUGUAUCUCAUAAUCUGGAGUACAAUUGGGGUCAGAAGGUGAUUCUCUAUAUUCAUGUCAAAGCACUGCGACAGCGUUCAACUCCAACUUAGGUCCGGGUGUAGUCUGCUUGAUGGGUUGGCACCAUUUCAGAAAUUUGGACACCUUCCGAACCUGAGGGCGGUCCAGCACGAGUUGAAGUUGAACAACAGGUGCACGAAUCACAAUGACAUCUUUUGUACACACUGAGCUCUUCGGAGUUGAGGGUAAUGUUUUGGUCAUCGAUGUCGGCACAAGCACGGACCUCAGGUGUGACUGUAUGCCUGAGUAAUAUCGGUCAUGUGUACACUUUUCAGGUGUCUGUCGGUGCGACGGUACCCUCGACGAACUCUCGUGAAGGGACGUCGACCAAGGACACCAAAUAUAUUGUCCCUAUUCGCUGCGCGUGCAGGUGUUUUUGUCUCAGAACACACUGCCUCUUGUAUAGAUUCAGAUUAUUUACCAUCGUUCCGACGUACUACAAUUAGUUAAUGGAAAGCGGAAUCUUCUGUCAGCAGAUUACCAGAGAACGUAUGUCACGAGCAGUGUCGUGGGUAUUUUGCUGAUGCGUGCAACGAUGCUAGAGUUCACCCAGCACUGGUUCAAAGAUGACGUGGCUGAGGCAAG